GCGAAGUUACCCCCAUGCGUUCCACCAUUCCAGUGGAGAAGAGGGUUGAUGAUGCGCUGUACAAGUUGUGCUCGAGCGCAGGAGACCGCAUCAUCGCCAACCUGUUCGGCCUGGAACGGUCCACCGCAAACGAGAACUACAGGGAGUUCUGCAGGGUUUUUGUCUCUAUCCUCGAGCAAGACUGGCUCAAUAUGGUGAGCGCCGCCGAGCCUCCGGACCACACCCGGGAGUUCCAAGCUGCUCUGGAGUUUCCUCGGGGCAUAGGGCGCUGGAUGGUUGCCGCUUCCCCAUCUCACCACCGAAAGUCAGCGCGAGCGACUACCACAACUACAGGGGCUGGUACAGCAUCAUCUUACUGGCCCUCGUAGACCACCGUUACCGGUUCCGGUAUGUGAACGUCGGGACACCAGGGCGGUGCCACGACGCACAUGUGUACCGGAGGUCGGCUUUGGCGGCUGCUCUGCAAGGACCAACGCUGCAGAUGUCUAUGGUCACCGUCAACGGGACCACCGUGCCGCCCCUGAUCCUGUGUGAUCAGGCAUUCCCUUUAACGUCCUACAUGCUCAAGCCGUACCCACGCAAGGACGUUAAGAAAGGCUCUUCACAGGAAGGCUUCAACCGACAGCUGUCGUCUGCUCUCCUGGUCAUGAAGGACGCCUUCGGAAGAGUCAAGGCCCGAUUCCGCUUCAUUAUGAAGAGGGUAGAGUGCGAGGUGGACAAUGCCCGGCUUGUUGUGCGAGCCUGCUGCAUUUUAAACAUUGUGUGCGAACAUUUCAAAGACGGUGUCAAGCCCCAGUGGCUCAGCGACGUGGCGACGGAAAACAAAAUCAUUCUGCAACCGUUGUGCACCAAAGAUGCCGAGGCAGACAACGGGCAGAGCGUCAGGGACGCCAUUGCGCAGUCUCUACACCAACUUUUGAGGCAAAUGGUCUAGAUGAAGAGCUCAAGUGGCUGCUCUUGUUUUCAGCGACAGAAAGACCAAGACCACAGACCCUGACAGCUACGAGGGCCCUUUGUAGUGCUUGAAGAACAAAAGGCCCUUUUAAGGUCAAACAAAUCUGGCUUUGUAGCGUAACACUUGUUGCCAACCCCCGUGUCCCAAGUGAAGUCUCAUGUUUUGGUCAAUAUGCUUAGCCUUCUGUAUGCUUUCAUGUGGCUUUUAUAGCACUAUUUUAAUAAAUUUUAAGUCAU